UUGGCUGAGGGUGGCGAUGACAUUACGUUGACAGGAGAAGACAGAGACUGCUACAGGUUCUCUAUUCUCAAUGCAAGGACCGUUUGGUUUGACGGAGGGACAAAUAGGCAGAUAUCGAUACUUCUUUGGUUCAAGGUCAGGUUGGAUAAAGUGAACCACGGUCGAGAUGGUGGUGGUUGUGUCUCUUUGUUUCGUGGUGUUCUCCCUAGCCGGGGCCCUGAAGGUGUCCAUCCCCAAGCCGGAGUACGAGCACGCCAGAGGGGACAACAUCACGCUGCCCUGUAACUUCUUGCCCAAAGGAAAACCCCCCAUGGUCAUCAUCAUCUGGACCGUGAACCUAGGAGGCCCAAGCGACCCAGCGACAAUGAUCCUGACCCGCUACCCGAGCAUGACGGACGUCCCCCCGCUGUACGAGGGCCGGGCGUCUCUGGCCCUCGACAUCGCCAAAGGGAAGGCGGACCUGAAGCUAAGCAGCAUCACCCUGCAGGACAACAAGGUGUUCUCCUGCCGCGUCCAGAUCCCCGGGGAUGACGAGGGCAAGCUCGUCGACAGCGUCCGCCUGGUGGUUCUGGUGGCUCCUUCCAAGCCCGUGUGUGCGCUGCAGGGCACGGCGGAGUACGGUCAGAACGUCAACCUGACCUGUCUGUCUGCGGAGGGCUCCCCGACCCCCGUCUACUCCUGGGAGCAGAGGGACGUACGCAACACCCCCCGCCUGCGGGACCCCCGUACCACCGACCGGGGGGGGAUCCUGUCUCUGUACAACAUCUCCAUGGAUACCUCUGGUUACUUCAUCUGCACCUCCAAGAACAAGAUCCGCUCAGCGUCGUGCAACAUCACCCUCAAAGUGCUGCCUCCCUCCAUGAAUCUGGGUUCGUCGGCGGGCAUCAUCGGAGGGGUUAUCGCCGUCCUGCUGGUCCUGGCCCUCAUCAUCCUCAUCUGCUGCUGCUGCAAGAAGAGGAAGCAGAGGGAGGCGGAGAAAUACGCCAUGGCGACCCCAGAGGAGGGCGCCUUCGCCGACAAGGAGCCUGUCGGGAACGGCAAGCGUCGUGACUCCCGUGACGAGGAGGAACGGAGCGAGUACGACCGCCGCGUCAUCACCGACGACCGCCGCGUCGUCGACGACGACCGCCGUGUCGUCAACGACGACCGCCGCGUCGACGACGACGACAGGCGCAGCGACUAUACCGCUCGCCGCAGCGACUACGACGACAGACGCAGCGACUUCGACGACAGACGCAGCGACUACGACGACCGCCGCAGCGAGUACAGCGACCGCCGCGACCGCUAUGACGACCGGGACGACCGCCGCCGUGACGACCGCCGCCGCGACGACUACCGCAAUGAGAGCGACCGCUACGACGAGCCGUACGACGACGCCGAGCCCGCGCGCCCCAAACCGCCGAGUGUGCCCAACAACAAGCCGCCCAGAGAUACGUACUAACAGGGCGAUUGGAUCUGGUUCUGGAGAUGGUCAAUAGGCAGAGCCAGGGGGCGUGGCCAUGAGUCGAUCGAUUUCCCAGUUAUAGGCACAGGCGCACGCUAAGCACCAGAGGUUUUUGGAGUGGAAGGCAAUGCACCUUCUAGUUUUUAUUUCCCCGCAGAAACAUUUGACACAAAAUUAAUCUCCUUUUUGGCUGUUUUGUUAUUGUCUGGCUGACAUUUGGGGAGGAUGUUUUUGGUGGGAAAUGAAUGGUAAGAAAUGGUAGGAAUAGACUAAAAAUCACAAGCAAUACAGGAUGGGUUCCACAAUAAUGUUGGACCCUGAUCUGGUUCCGGUCCGGCUCUGGGCUCACAUGUUUAGUAAAGAAAACUAAUAAUGAAAUUAAUUUUGAAAAAGAAUAAGAGAAAAAAA